AUGACAACGGUUGGUUCUGUUAAAAACUUUACUCAUGUAGUAGAGUACAAAAUUUAUAGCAAAGUCACGAUGAAGAUAACAAAAAAUUUGCUGAAAACAGAAGAAAAACAAAGUAGUUUGAAUUCACUGGAAGCUUGUGAAACUCAGAAAUUUUUUCCUUUUCCUGAUUCAAUUCUUUUGAAUCAGAGCGUGUAA